AUGGGCAAUCACACUGCAGUGAGCACCUUCCUUCUGUGGGGAUUUUCCAGUUUCCCAGACCUGCAGAGUCUCCUCUUUGUGAUGAUUUUCUUCUCCCAUGCAACCAUUCUUGCUGCAAAUGUGUCCAUAAUGGUGGCCAUCAAGCUCACUCGCCACCUGCACACCCCCAUGUACUUUUUCCUCUGUGGCCUGGCUUUUUCAGAAACCUGUACCACUGUGGUAAUCAUACCCCGCAUGUUAGUGGACUUGCUAUCAGACAGUAAGACCAUCUCUCUUCCUGAGUGUGCCACACAGAUGUUCUUCUUCUUUGGCUUGGGAGGCAACAACUGCUUCAUCAUGGCUGCCAUGUCCUAUGACCGUUACACUGCUAUUCACAACCCGCUGCACUACCCUGUCCUGAUGACCCGGAAGAUCUGCUUUCAGCUGAUGACGGCCUCCUGUGUCACUGGGAUUGUGGUGUCACUGUGUAUUGCCCUCAUAGUAUUCAACUUGUCUUUCUGUGACUCCAACAUCAUCCAGCACUUUUUUUGUGACAUCUUGCCUGUGGUCUGCCUGGCUUGUGACUAUACGCCCUAUCACGAAAUGGCUAUAUUUAUGCUCUCUGCCUUUGUGUUGGUGGGCAGUUUUAUCUUAAUUAUGAUUUCCUAUGUCUUCAUUGGGUCCAUAGUUAUAAAGAUGCCUUCUGCCAAAGGGAGGUAUAAGGCUUUCUCAACUUGCUCCUCCCACCUCACUGUGGUGUGCAUGCACUACGGAUUUGCUGGUUUUAUCUAUUUGAGGCCCAAGGACAGUGACUCAUUCCGUGAAGAUAUGCUGAGGGCUGUGACCUACACAGUGCUGACACCUCUGCUUAAUCCCAUUGUUUACAGUCUAAGAAACAAAGAAAUGCAGAUUGCCUUAAGGAAGGUACUAGACAGUACACACAGGUUCAUCCCUCAGAUGGUAAAUAAAAGGACCCUGAACAUUUAA